AUGUACCUGAUCACUGUGUUGGGAAACCUGCUCAUCAUCCUAGCUGUCAGCUCAGACUCCCACCUCCACACACCCAUGUACCUCUUCCUCUCCAACCUGUCCUUGGUCGACAUCUGUUUCACCUCCACCACCAUCCCAAAGAUGCUGCUGAACAUCCAGACACAGAGCAAAGCCAUCACCUAUGCAGGUGGCAUAACCCAGAUGUAUUUUUUUACAUUAUUUGGAGGUUGGGACCACUUCCUCCUGACUGUUAUGGCCUAUGACCGAUAUGUGGCCAUCUGUCACCCCCUGCACUACACGGUCAUCAUGAGCUCUUGGCUCUGUGGACUGCUGGUUCUGGUGUCAUGGAUCAUAAUUGUCUCCUUAUUUUAUGGCACGGUCCUAGGCGUGAACUUCAGCUCUGCUGGUACUCACAGCUCACAGUCAAUUGCAGUCACCUCAGUGAUGUACACUGUGGUCACACCCAUGCUGAACCCCUUCAUCUACAGCCUCAGGAACAAAGACAUAAAGGGAGCUCUGAAAAGAGUUUUGGGGAUGGCAGACAGUGAGAAGCCUUGGAGGCUGAUCAUCAAAACUGGAGAGAAAAAUCUGGAAACACCUGGAGAAGAAGGGACCCCAGAACAGAGACUGGGGACAUCAUUUCAAGACCAUCGAGGACCUGAAGAUUCAGGUCUAUGCAAGUUCUGUGGACAAAGCUGCAUCACCCUGCAGAUUGAUGAUGCCCAUCUUGCUGCUGAAGACUUCAGAGUCAAGUACAAGGUGAAGCUAGCCAUGCACCAGUCUGUGAAGAGGGAUGUCAAUGGGCUCAGAAAGUUUAAUGUGCCUCUUUUACUUAUUUACUAA